CACCGGCGCUGAGCGAGAUGAAAACAUGGAAGCGGCGGUGAAGCGCGCGGAGGUCCAGAAAGACCCAAAGGAGGAGCGCGAGGAGGAUCGGCCCAUGUCCCGGUCCGACAGUGGCAGUGGUGAGGAUUCUCUUGAUGGGCUUAUGAGGCGUAAUUGCCCCCUGACCCCCUCACUGUCCCCACGCAAGCGGACCACCAGUCAGAGCAAGACAGAGCCGCCUCUUCUGAGGACCAAUAAGAGGACAAUCUACACAGCAGGGAGACCGCCCUGGUACAAUGUCACCGGGACCACCUUCAAAGAGGCUUUUGUUAUAGGUUUGUGUGGUGGCAGUGCCUCUGGCAAAACCACAGUGGCCAAUAAGAUAAUCGAAGCUCUGGACGUCCCCUGGGUGGUGCUUCUUUCUAUGGACUCUUUUUACAAGGUUUUGUCCAAUGAGGAACAGGAGCUGGCGGCCAAGAAUGAAUACAACUUUGAUCACCCAGAUGCUUUUGACUUUGAGCUGCUGGUGAAUGUGCUCAGGAAACUGAAGAAGGGUAAAAGCGUCAAAGUGCCUGUGUAUGACUUCACCUCCCACUGCCGUCGCAAAGAGUGGAAAACUGUUUAUGGUGCCAAUGUUGUAAUAUUUGAGGGAAUCCUUGCAUUUGCCAAUAAGGAACUUCUGAAGCUGCUGGACAUGAAAGUGUUUGUGGACACUGACUCAGACAUCCGGCUGGUCAGACGACUGAAGAGGGAUAUUUCAGAGCGAGGCCGUGACAUUGGUGGUGUUAUUAAGCAAUAUAAUAAAUUUGUCAAGCCAGCAUUCGAACAGUACAUCGAACCCACAGUCCAGGUAGCAGACAUUGUGGUUCCAAGAGGUGGAGAGAAUUUUGUAGCUUUGGAUUUGAUCGUCCAGCACGUCCAUAGUCAGCUUGAAAAGAGGAAGCUCCGCUGGGAUAUAUCCGCCCUGGCGUCUGCACAUCAGGGUCAGCCCCUGCCCAAGACUCUCAGCGUUAUGGAGAGCACCCCACAAGUGCGGGGAAUGCACACCAUCAUCAGGAAUAAGGAAACUAACCGGGAUGAAUUUAUUUUCUACUCCAAGAGAUUAAUGAGGCUCCUCAUUGAGCAUGCCCUCUCCUUCCUGCCACUGAAGCCAGUGUCUGUCGAGACGCCCCAAGGCACCAUCUAUGAAGGGAAAAGACUCAGUGGCAAAAGAAUCACUGGGGUGUCCAUCCUGCGCGCCGGGGAGACGAUGGAACAGGCUUUAAUGGCCGUGUGUAAAGACAUUCGACUGGGAAAGAUUCUCAUCCAGACCAACCAUGACACUGGGGAGCCCGAGCUUCAUUACCUGCGCUUACCCAAAGACAUCAGCGAGGACUACGUGAUCCUGAUGGACAGCACAGUGUCCACAGGGGCCGCUGCUCUCAUGGCUGUGCGAGUUUUACUCGACCACGAUGUUCAGGAGGAUAAGAUUUUCCUGCUGUCUCUGCUCAUGGCAGAAAUGGGGGUCCACUCUGUGGCCUACGCCUUCCCCAAAGUGCGCAUCAUCACCACAGCCGUGGACAAGAAGGUCAAUGACGAGUUUCACAUCAUCCCAGGCAUUGGUAAUUUUGGAGACCGGUAUUUUGGAACAGAUGCUCCUUCAGACUGGUAUGAAAGCGAUGAGGGAAUGGACUACUAGGGCUGUUACAUGAUGUGCUUUUGUGUUUGCUUAGGGGUUUGGGGGGGGGCAGGCAGUGGGGAGGUAUCAGAGAAGCACUUAUUCUGUCAUGACUGUGACAGUGACUGCUGCCCAUCUGCUAUAUCAGCCAUAUCAGGCUCCACAUCUGCACUGGUCUCACUACAACACGCAGAGAUCAAACCAUGUUCUCACCCCGAGAGACGGGUGGGGUUCUCAGCUUUGCUUGAAGUGCCUGUGUUAAUGUAGAGUAAGUAGUUUCUAAUCUCUUCUUCAAGGGAACCAGCAUCAUCACUGACUUGGCUGCAUCUGAAGGUAACAGCUCAGCCGAUGUUGAAAGGACCUUCACACCCUGUUCACACUUGGUAUUAGCAUCUGUCUAGAGUGUUCUGACCAUAAAUGGACCUGAAUGCAUCUCUAGUGACCUUAUUUUUUUUUUUCUAAAGGAAGGGUGCAACACAUUUGCUACAAUUUAAUUGCAGUCCCACGAGUCUCGGCUCGUGUGAGGGCUGCUACAUACAUUUAGAUCAUGUGGAUUGCUAAAGCAGCUUGUAAACAGAUGAGUAUACUAUGCAAAGCAGCUGUUUUUGUCUCUGCAGUUGAUUAGACUAUCCUUCAUUGGUGUUGGGGCACUUUAGCAUUCACAUUAUGAUUUAAGUGACCCUUAUUAGUCCCUCAACAACAUAUGUAAAACACCACAUACACACUUAUGAACACGCACACUAGGUGGCAGUGAGCACACUUGCCUGGAGCGAUGGGCAGCCCUAUCCGCAGCGCCCGCGGAGCAGAUGGCGGUUAGGUGUCUUGCCUCAAGGUGUCAGUCAUGUACUGUCGGCUCUGGGGAUCAAACCAGCGACCUUCCGGUCACAGGGCCGGUUCCCUAACCUCCAUCGGACUAUAAUGCAUGCCAGAGAUGACUAACCGCUUAUGAUCAGAUCAUCAAAGAUGUGUGUAACUGCCAGGUGCAAAUAACUCGGUGAACAGUUAUAUAGUGAAUAAAUCAUGAACGUAUAGAGGAUGAACUGAUGUUUAGUUAGCUUCGAUAAUGCAUUUCAGGCACUUGAAUUUUAGAGCAGAGGUAGUAUCAGAUGGAGUCGUUGCAGAUGAAUGGGUGAUUGUUUUUCACAAGAUUAUGCCUUUGUGUUUCCUGCCAGAGCAAAUUAGUAUUAGUUUAAUUAGUAGUGUUUGUUUAUGUGCAGCAGUGCAAAAGGGAUUCCAAAGCCUUUUGGCUUGAACUUUUAAAGCAAAAUGCUCUGAGAUGGUGUGUUUUUUCCAGUCUUCCAGUCGAAUGUGGAAGUUUGGGCGCCCCUGGUCAGAUUCCAUGUUUUGUAGCUUUUCUGUGUUAAAAUAAAGGGAUUAUCCUCUCCAGAGAACACAGUUCUGCAUUUCUUAAUGCACAAGUACUGUUUGUUUUCAGGAUUUAACAUAUUAUAGAGGGGAAAAAAUAACUAUGGCACAUUUUUAAUGUACAAAAUUGUGCACUAACAUUUGCUGAAAGUUUUUUUUUUUUUCUUUCUUUUUUCAUGAAAACAAAAUCAACAAAACAUGUAACUUGACUGGGGCUGUUCAGAAUUUGCAUGUGACUGUAGUUGCGCUCAGUACCACUUCAGAGAAUAAUUGUAGGUAUAGAGAGAUUUUGCUGCCAUUUUCAGAUGGACAUACUUGAAUGACUAUUUAAAUGUAGAUAUGUAUUUAAUAUUUGUUAGCCGCCUUGACGGGUGGCAGUACUGAAAUAAAUGAAAUCGCAAAAUAUUUGAAAA